GGUAUAAACCUAAAAUUAGGCAGUCUUUACCUACCGGCUAUAUAAGCUUACCGUCCAGACAGACUCGGUGUAGUUAGUGAGAUUUCACCAGCAGAAAAGCAAUCAAAGAUGGGCUCCUCCCAGAGGCAGUUUCUCCUUCCGAUCCUGGGGCUUUUCGUUCUGUUCGGAACAGCACUCAGUGGAGUUCAGGAGGUGCACGAUGCACUUGAGUUGACGGGCCGGAAGCUCAUCCAGUCGAGGUUCUCCACAAGCGUGGCCUCCGACAAGUACACUCCGCCGGAGGAGAUGGACCCCCAGUACUGGUACGACAUCGCCGACGAGGAGAUCACCAAGAGGCUGCAGCUACCGCAGCCAAACGCCAAAAAGGCCAAAAACAUCAUCUUGUUCCUGGGCGACGGUAUGCCACUGGCCACCGUGGCAGCUGCCCGAAUCCUUAAAGGUCAGCGCCAAGGAAACACCGGCGAGGAGUCCUCCCUGAGCUUCGAGCGGUUUCCUUACACCGGAUUGAGCAGGACCUACUGUUCAAAUGCCCAAGUUCCUGAUUCCGCCUGCACAGCCACCGCCUAUUUGUGCGGAGUGAAAACCAACAUCGUUAACAUUGGAGUAAGUGCUGCAGUGGACUUUAACAACUGUACCGCCAGCCAAGAUCCAGCUAACCGCCUAACCUCCAUCGCCGAGUGGGCUCAGAAUGCCGGCAAAUCCACUGGCAUUGUGACCACCACCACUUUGACCCACGCGAGUCCUUCGGGAGCCUAUGCCAAAACAGCCAAUCGAAUGUGGGAAUGCGACACUGAUGUCACAAGCAAUGGAGUAGAUGCCAGUACUUGUAUUGAUAUGGCCACCCAACUGGUGACCCAAACCCCCGGAAAGAACUUUGAGAUCAUGUUCGGCGGCGGAAUGGGCAAGUUCCUGCCCAACUCCAUCGUGGAUAGUCACGGAAAUGCUGGAGAGCGUUCUGAUGGAGUGAACCUCCUGUCUAAAUGGCAAGCACUUCACGAAGGAGGUGUCUUGGUCACCAAUCGAAAGCAGCUGCUCAGCGUGAAUGUUUCCGCUGUUUCUAGCAUAGUGGGUCUUUUCCAGUCUAAGUUGAUGGACUUCCACGAGGAGGCGGAUGAAUCCUACCAGCCAACCCUCUCUGAACUCACAGAGGUUGCCAUCAAAAAGCUGAGCCAGAACGAGAAUGGAUACUUUGUGUUUAUCGAAGGCGGUCUUAUUGACUAUGGCAACCACCAAACCAAGGCUGGAUAUGCUCUAGAUGAAGCCCUGGAGUUCGAGAAGGCAAUCCAAUUGGCUAGAAACAUCACCGACAUCGAGGACACUCUGAUUGUGGUGACUGCCGAUCACGGACACGCCGUUAGUAUCGCAGGAUAUCCUGGCAGGGGAACUCCCAUCCUGGGCAUCAAUCAGCACGACACCGAUUUGAAUGGAGUCAAGUACGCUGUGCUCAAUUAUGCAGCGGGACCCAAUCAGUAUCUCGAUGAAACUGGUCAGCGAAUUCCCCUGGAUGAUAUUCUUGGUGCCGAUGAUGCCAUCUCUCCCAGCUACAUCUCCAAGAGUGAAGGAGUGCACUCUGGCGAGGAUGUGGGCAUCUUUGCCUCCGGUCCUCAAAGUCACCUUUUCACUGGAGUCAUGCAACAGAGCACCAUUCCCCACUUGAUGGCUUAUGCCUCGUGCAUUGGAAGCGGACAGAAGGUUUGCGAUAACUAACUAUCGAAAACCAAACAAAUUAAGAGACUCAGGAAAAUUGCAGGUUAAUCUUACCAUGUAAGAUCGCCAGAUAUAAAAUUUGUUUCAACAUUACAAAAUACUUUUGUUUAAUUUAAG